UCUAAAGUCCUACUAAUCCUUUAGCCUGAGUCCACUCAAAAAAGAGAAAACCAAUGGGGGCGCUAAGGCUACCCGCUUUAACUUCAAUCUUCACUUCCUCUUCCGUCAGGUCGCCGCCGGCACUGAAACAUCGCCUCCGAUUUCCUCUCCGUCGACCUUUCUCGGCGCAGAGUACCGUCCAGAAAGCGGUAGCUACAGAACUUGGAGAUGGAAAGGCGGCCAAAGUUGUAGAGAAGGAGAAAGAGAGAGUGAUAACUCCGCGUUAUCAGGACUUCAACGCUUGGUAUUUAGAUGUAAUUGCAAAUGCGGAGCUUGCUGACUAUGGUCCGGUUCGUGGUACCAUGGUUAUUCGUCCCUAUGGUUACGCUAUUUGGGAAGCUAUACAGGAUUACUUGAAUGUGAAGUUUAAAGAAACUGGACACAGUAAUAUGUAUUUCCCACAGUUUAUACCCUAUUCCUUCAUUGAGAAAGAAGCUAGUCAUGUUGAGGGUUUUAGUCCAGAAUUAGCUCUUGUUACUGUUGGAGGAGGAAAGGAACUUGAAGAAAAGCUUGUGGUUCGACCUACUAGUGAAACAAUUGUUAAUCAUAUGUUUACUCAAUGGAUCCACAGUUACCGUGAUCUUCCUCUCAUGAUCAAUCAGUGGGCAAAUGUCACAAGAUGGGAGAUGCGAACCAAACCAUUUAUUAGGACGCUUGAAUUUCUUUGGCAGGAGGGCCAUACUGCCCAUGCCACUGCAGAGGAAGCAGAAAAAGAGGCAAUGCAGAUGAUCGAUGUGUAUAUAAAAUUUGCUUAUGAGCAAGCUGCAAUACCUGUUAUUGCAGGUAGGAAAUCUAGGGUGGAGACGUUUGCUGGUGCUUCAAGGACCUAUACAAUUGAAGCAAUGAUGGGAGACAGGAAGGCUUUGCAGGCUGGCACAAGCCACAACCUUGGUCAGAAUUUUUCGCGUGCAUUUAAUACACAGUUCACAGAUGAAAAUGGGCAACGACAACAUGUCUGGCAGACAUCAUGGGCAAUUAGCACUCGCUUUGUGGGAGGUAUUAUCAUGACACAUGGGGAUGAUGCCGGCUUACUGCUGCCCCCUAGGCUGGCACCUGUGCAGGUUGUUAUUGUCCCAAUAUGGAAGAAGGACAAUGAGAAGACGGGAGUUCUGACUGCUUCAUCAUCUGUGAAAGAAACUUUACAAGCUGCAGGGAUAAAAGUGAAGAUUGAUGACACGGAUCAGAGAACGCCUGGGUGGAAAUUCAACUUCUAUGAAAUGAAGGGAGUCCCUUUGAGGAUUGAAAUUGGCCCCCGAGAUGUUUCAAGUGGAACCGUGGUCAUCUCUAGGAGAGAUGUUCCUGGAAAGCAAGGGAAGGUUUUUGGAAUAUCCAUGGAGCCUUCAUCCCUGGUGGCUUACGUCAUAGACAAGUUGAAUGAGGUUCAAUCAUCCCUUUUGGAAAGGGCAACAACUUUUCGUGAUAGUAACAUCGUGGACGUGUAUUCAUAUAAUGAACUUAAGGAGGCAAUAGCUCAAGGAAAAUGGGCGAGGGGACCUUGGUCAGCUAGUGACGAGGAAGAAUUGAAGGUAAAAGAAGAAACAGGAGCAACCAUUAGAUGUUUCCCUUUUGAGCAGCCUGAGGGACCAAAGAAGUGCUUGAUGACGGGCAAACCAGCAGAUGAAGUUGCAAUAUUUGCCAAAUCUUAUUAGCAACUUAUGUCGCUUAUUGGCUUUUUAUUUUGAGAUUUGAUUACACUGUCAAAGUGAUAAGGGUUAGUCUGGCCUUCAUAUUUAAAUGCACCAUUAAGAUUAGUAAAAAUGCAGGAAAGGAAAACGUCUGUGCCCUUUUACGGAGGUCAUGUUGUAAAGGACGGGACUUAACACUCAUUAUGCAGCAAAGCACACACCACAUAAAUGUCGCUGUCAACCAAAUUAAAUUCAAUUUUUGUUGUUGUUUUGAGUGAGA